CCACCGUCUUUCUCUAGCCACCAAGGAGGAAACAGACUGGAUUUUUGAGAUGCUUCUAAAUUUCCUUUAUCAACUAAAGUCAAGAAAUUACCUAUAUUCUCACUAUCUCAGAGCGGGACCGACAGAGAAAUCCGUGUAGCUCCUUCUUCUGGUUGAAAUGGGGAGCAGUGUUUCGGGCAGAACACAAAACUUUCCUGUUACGCGCCGUCGUCCUGCUGGCUGAAGGGAACGAAAGUUUCGAAACACUCUUCCACUUUCCUCAGUUGCCAAUCUCACAGCGGAAAAUCACAUCAAUAUCACCCCAUUUCUAUCAUUCCUUUCCAACAUGACCUCGUCACCAGCCCCCAGUGACUAUUCCGACGAGGAACUACGCCCAUCGAGAAAAGAGAGUCGAGGACGUGAACUGAACGUCUACGAUGCCGUUGCCGGUAAUGUGACCUUGAACGACCGAUCUCAAUCAGGUGCUUCACGCCGAAACGACUCCUCAAGUAAACGACCAAAUCGGUCCUCCGGGCUGCACUCUUCCCGCGACCCCAGGUACGCGCCUGAGGAAGUCCUCUUUCGCCGCAAGGGCGCACCCGUUCGCUAUGAAGAGAAUGACAUCUACUGGGCCAGCGAGCAUCUGCCCGAUGGCGGACGUCAUCUUCUCCCUGACAGCGACCUCUUAAAGUCCAUCCAUGGGUACACCAGCAACUUCUACGACGCAAUGGCCCUUCGCCUCGGUCCGCGUUGUGUCAUUGGCUCCCGAACCAUUGAUGAGAGGAGCAUGGAUGAAACCGCUCUACUUGCCUUUGGCAUCCUACUUGAAGAAGCAAGUCGCGAGGCUAUGGGGAAGAGAGGGGACCUCGUUCUGACUGAGCCAUUCACGGAUUCCAAGUUGCCACUUGCUGACGAACGGGCUCUCGAGACCCCUACUGUUGUCGAUCAACAACCAGUUGCGGAUGGUGACCAAGGAGCGACUCCGGAAAAAAAGCGGCGAAAAAAGAAAAGGAAGAUCCGACGUGACGACGAUGUUACAGCAGCCGAAAUAUGACCCGGCUAUCCCUUGCACCCGAGACAAAAUGUUUCUCGGUAUACGCAUCCCACGAGCCUCAGCGCCAGCCUGGCAACAAUGGGGUGCCAGUCCCCGACUUCGGGCUUUAUCACACACAACGUUGCUGCCUUCAUCACAUCUGGGCAAUCGUUAGUUGACGAGUAAGGUUGCCUCAACGUGUGCGAUUGUCAAUAGCCGGCCCCUAUCUACAAGCUUGAGGCCUUGCUAUAACGUGGGUGCUUACCAUGCGGUUGUGAUUCUCGCUUCUGUCCCCGAAUCAACUCGAGGACACGUUUGAAAACCCUGCCAUCUCCAGGCGAGGGCCCCGCAAAAUGCUAUGCAUCGGAAUAAAGGUCUUUGGCGAUCUUGGUUAGGAUGCGUGUUCGAGCGCAACCACCACGCCUCUGCUAUAAUUCGAAAAGGGCGAAGGCUUUGGAACAACUGUGAUGCACAGCUGGCUGAAAAAAAUUGCAAAAAAAAAGAAAAAAAAAAGGAAACUUCGCUAGGAUCAUGGGGCCGCCCUCGCUCAACAAGCACAGUAGUAUAUACUGACAUGCAUAACCCCGAUCUUAGUCAUCCCGCCUUUCUAGUGAUUAUGACCUCUCCAUGGAUAAAAUACGUACCUGGCGCACUAUACAUUACACAGCCUAGUACUAUAAAUCGACUGUGUUCCGUGCGUAUCAGGCACCGUCGCGCGCCGAUCGACUUUCCUGCUGGUUUGAGGAGCAGCUGUUCUCCAGUUCUGUGAGAUGAUUGGUUCAUGGUCAUAGAUUGGAGUUCACCAGAAGCAACGUCUGGACAUAAAUCGUAACAGAACGACAAAUAUUACAGUUGCAACAUAUGAUGUUACCC